UGGUGGUGAACAAUAGGCACACUAGCAUACGAAGCAUACGAAGCAUACGAGCACACACGCAUAAAGCGAACCGGCCAUUGUCUUCAAAUGAAAAGCUCUCUUCUCUUCUUCUAUCUUCCUCUUUUCUGCCCGUUCCUUACACUCCUGUGGAUCUCCAUCUCUUCUUUUCUAAACUCGACACAGCUGUUCUUUUGUGCUCUCACCCUCGCAUUCGUUGUGCCACACUCCAUUUUGGUGGCAACCUCUCAGCAUCCACACUCCUUCCCUCGCCUUUAAAACACCAUCACUACCACUACCGCAACCACUACCACAACCACUGCUACUACUUCUCCUCUCCCAAUCCACUCCUUCUCUUCACACAAAAAGCAAGCACACUCACAUCCCCACAGACACAAAAUGACAGACGUAGACUUCCUACACAGUGUUCUCUGCAACACCACCGCCUUCUCUUCAUCCUCCUUUCCCACAAUCACUCCUCGCUGCAGCAGUAGCAUCGAGGAUAAUCAUACGGCUCACGGUGCAGGGUUCGCUGUGAGCAAUAACGAUUUCCUGGCCCAUGCUGCCACCACCGACGAGGGAUUCGCAGAUGGUCUCAGCAUCGACAACGGUGAUCGCAGCAACAACAAUACCCUUAGCACCAACGGUGAUAGCAUCAGACAUUAUACCAAGCCCGCGUCUCCCCUGGAAGUUGGCACCAAAAAUUUAGCAACAGUAGCUGUGUCGACCGCAACAGCUGCAGCCAUGGCAAGUACGACUAUCACCGCCAUUACCACCACUACCACCACUACCACCACCACCACCACAACAGAUACAACAGCCAAUUCAGCGGCCCAGAGGGCCAAACGGCCGGCCUUGAUCAAAAUCGAGUCCCAGGAACUGUUGCCGACCCGUCGACCGGAGCUGGGAUCCCGUCGUACCUCUUCUGGGUCUGCUACAUCUUUGAGCUCGUUAAGUAGUCGAACGAGUUCAUCGAGUGGUCGCGAGAGGACGACGACGGACAAGGCAUCGAAAGCAACAACGAAUACGACCACAGUACAACCCAAGAAGGUCUUGCGGCCGAUUCUGAAGAAGACUCGGCCUGUCUUGACAAUGCAACACCAAGUGCAUCCUCACUUGGGGCCUACGUUACAGUACCAGGCUUUGGAGCACGAAGAGAUGCAACUUCGGCAGACUCGACUGGAACAACAAAGGCAACAGUUUCAACAGUACCAACAACAACAAUUACAACAACAACAACAACAACAACAACAACAACAACAACAACAACAGCAACAACAGCAACAGCAAGGACGAGAAGCACCUCAGCAACAUCGUAUCCUUCAGCAAUCAAGUCCUAGCUCCCAAUGGACUCAACGAAAUCCUCAACUUAAGCUCCAACUCCCAGUUCCUGUUUCAUCACCAUCAUCAUCAUUAUAUUCCCAGGGACGAGUCCCGACUCAAAACAAUCGCUCACGUCCACUGCCGACACCACCGGUGACCAAGCAUGUGCACUGGGCAACUCACCACGAGAUCCUGGAGAUCGAGAAUGUGGACGAUUUGAUAGUGUUGGGAUACUAUGAUGACUACGACAGCGAACUGGGGUGGAACUAUAGGAACGAGAGCCUUGACGAGAUGAUGUCUGAUGAGGAUGAGGGUGAGGAUGAGGAUGAGGAUGAAGACGAAGCCAAGUAUGAGUACGAGUUCGAAGAAGAAUUCGACGAGAAGGAGGAUGGCGACGAAGAAGAGUCCGAUGAGGAAGAGUCCGAUGAAGAGGAGGACAGCGACGACGACGACAACGACAGUGAUAUUUCUGCAGAAGAUGAACUGAUCAGCCGGUUUGGUAUGGAUGGCAUGUUUUCGACGAUCGCACACAUGUCAGCGUCCUCGUCGUCUUUUGCCCCUUAUCUCCAGCACCAUCAAAGCAUCUCAGAACGGCUCCAGUCCCUUAAUGGUCCCUCAAGCACGGACAGUGAUUGCAACAAAAGUCUUCCUGACGUACCGUCGGUCCCUGUGCUUCCACUGCUUCCACCACAAGAACCAAAGGCUGUGCUUCCAUUGCCACAGGAACCAAAGACUGUGCUUCCAUUGCCACAGGAGCCAAAGACUGUGCCUCCACUGCCACAAGAACCAAAGACUGUGCUUCUGCUGCUUCCACCACAGGAGCCAAAGACUGUGGUAGCCAAUGUCACGAAGGAGCUACCUUCAAUUCCGGCAUCGCCAACGAGGUCGAGGUCGGGAUCGAGGUCGCCGACGCCGCCAUCUUUGUCGAGGUUGACGUUGUCGCCUGCGCCUCAAUACCUUCAUCACCUUCAUUGCCUCCAGCAGCAGCAGACACAAACGCAGCCCGCGCGGAGUAAGAUUCCGGAACUUCAGCUUUCAAAAACAAACAGGGUCGCAGAAGCUGUUGCAAAAUUGGAGGCCCAAGGGCACAGGAACGCUCCAGAAACCCUGCAACGCAGUCCAUCAAGAUUGGGUCGCAAUCAAAUUCUGGCGGAAGUGGCAGAGUACAAGAAGAACCGCAUGAGCAUCUCUGCAGGGGGAGAUAGUGCUUUUAGGCGUGCUGCCGAUGCUGCCGCCAAUGCAGUCCAUGCUGAUGAUGGUGCUGAUUGGACGACUAUUGAGGGUCUCAACAGAAGAGACUCGACCUCGUCGGUGUCUUCGUCCGGGUCAACUUUGGUAGCGUCAUUGAGUCCCUCGUCCGUAUCGUCUCCGACCACGCCAGUAGGGCCACAUAAUGUGAUCGAAUGGCAGAAAUCAGGGAUGGUGGACACGGAAAUGGAUUGGUGUGGGUCUGGUCAAGUCUGUAUUCAGCACGGCGCGUCCUCACCGCUCCUCGCGUGCUGAAACAGAUUGUCUGUGCUACGCAGCAUACAUUUG